AUGGGUCUACGGAUUCACUUUGUUGUUGACCCACAUGGUUGGUGCUGCAUGGGUUUGAUUGUCUUUGUCUGGUUAUACAAUAUUGUUAUAAUUCCCAAAAUUGUCCUCUUUCCUCACUAUGAAGAAGGACAUAUUCCAGGCAUAUUGAUAAUAUUCUUCUAUGGUAUUGCCAUGUUUUGUUUGGUGGCCUUAGUGAGAGCCUCAAUAACCGAUCCUGGAAGACUCCCUGAAAAUCCAAAGAUUCCACAUGGAGAAAGGGAAUUUUGGGAAUUAUGUAAUAAAUGUAAUUUGAUGAGACCAAAGCGUUCCCAUCACUGCAGCCGAUGUGGUCAUUGCGUUAGGAGAAUGGAUCAUCAUUGUCCAUGGAUUAAUAAUUGUGUUGGUGAAGAUAAUCAUUGGCUUUUUCUGCAACUAUGUUUCUACACAGAGGUUCUUACUUGCUACGCAUUGAUGUUUUCUUUCUGCCACUAUUACUACUUUCUACCAUUAAAAAAACGUAACUUGGAUCUCUUUUUAGUUAGACAUGAAUUGGCCAUAAUGAGACUAGCUGCUUUCAUGGGAAUAACUAUGCUAGUUGGAAUAACUGGACUCUUUUAUACACAACUAAUUGGCAUCAUCACUGAUACAACAUCUAUUGAAAAGAUGUCAAAUUGUUGUGAAGAAAUAUCGAGGCCCCGAAAGCCAUGGCAGCAGACCUUCUCAGAAGUUUUUGGCACUCGUUGGAAGAUCCUGUGGUUCAUUCCUUUCAGGCAGAGGCAACCACUGAGAGUUCCCUACCACUUUGCCAAUCACGUCUAAACAGAUGGAUGGUGGGCACAGAUGGGUCCUCCAUGCUGGAAAUGCGUUACAGGUUUUAUGAUAAUAGAACUAUGACAGUCUUCAAGUCAAUUAAAAUCCACCCACCAAUCUUAGGCAUCAUAAUGUGCCCCAGGCUUUAUUUUAAUAGUGAUCUUGAUCCUGUUGUGGGACUGAUACAAGAUCUAUAUUUAAGUUUUAAAGCGUGUUUACUUUCAA